AUGGAAGAAACAGAAAAAAUUGAUAAUUAUAAAAGAUUUAAAAAGUCCAAAAUUCUGGGUGAAAAAAAUUACGACGAGGUUUGUGAAGAAAUAAAAGCAGGCAGACUGUCGAAGGAUGUCAUACUGAAAAUUGGAGUGGAAUAUAAUUACCUUUUUUGGCAAUAUGACUUUAACGACUUCAAUUCGUUCGUAAUAGAUGAUCAACAAUUCAGUGAUACAGUUACAAUGUCAAUAAUUCAUGUUGCAAUAGGCCUGAAUGAUCAAGCAAUGAUAGAUUACUUGUUAGCUUUGAAUUGCAAUCUCCAAGCGAUGACAGGAUACGGAUAUUCAGUAUUGCAAUUUGCUGUCAUGUGUAAUAAGUUAAAGGCUGUCCAGAAAUUAUUAGAUACUGGUGUUGAUAUCAAUGAUCUAGGAGAGGAUCACCAAUCGCUAUUAACAAUAGCCGUCAGUUGGAACAGAUAUGAGAUGGUGGAAUUGUUAAUCAGUCGCGGUGCUCAAAUCAAUGACCGUAAAUCUUGUACCUUUAACAAGUCACCUUUCGGUUGUGCUGUCGAUAAAUCUAAUUUGAUCAUGAUGAAAUUCCUAAUUAGUCAUGGCGCUGAUGUUAACUUAGCGGUGUCUGGUAAGAGAUCAUCCUGGACAUGCACGCCUUUGAUGGCUGCUUGUAUUUUGUACAAUUCGAUGGAUUUAAUAAAGUUUUUGUUGAAUCAUCCAUACAUUGACAUCCAUGCUGUUAACGAGAGUAAUGAAACUUGUGUAUUUUUUGCUGCUAGAAACGCCCCCUCAGGCUGCUUACAGUUGAUUCUAAAUACAAAUAUUGAUAUAAAUACUAAAAAUAUUUAUAAUAAACUGCCGUUAGAUGUUAUACCGAAUGGCUAUAAUAAUUUAAUGAAUCGUCAUAUUGUCAAAUUGAUUGUCGCUGGUUUUUAUGUCUGUGAAGAAAACAGAGAAGCUGUUGAAGAUGAAACAUUUGACAAUUUGCGAGAUUUAUGUUCUGAAGAAAUCCAACUGAUGAAGGACACCAAAGAAUUGUCCACUAACUGGUCCUGCUUCACGAUACUUAGGAGUUCUCAGCACACUUUGGCUCUCCGCUUCACGCACGUCGAAGUUUCUGUUGAUCAAGUAAAAGGGUGGAUUAAAAAAUUUCCUCUCUACGGUAAAAUUCUUGCGUUUCACGUUAUAAAGGCUCUGCAGCGGAAGAUGAUACUUGAACACACAGACCAAGUGCUGUUUGAUAUUUUCAAGUGGAGAUUGCCAAAUACUUUUAUUCACGAUAUGUUCUACUUUUUGAGUAAUUAUAAUCUGUCAAUGUUACUAGAGUGA